GUACUUCCCUUUUUGUUUAAACAAUUGAAAUAAAAUUAAAUCCAAUGUAUAAACUAGUAAGUGUUGUGGUCUUUACUUGUCUAGGGUUCGUGGCGGCGCAGUUGACGACGCGCUGUUUCCAGUUCACAUGGCUGGGGCCGCGGUACAACAAUGAGAGCGUGUUCCUCAAUGCGACCUGCCAGGAGGCCACCCGCCUCGCCUCCGGAGUGCCCUGCCAGAUGCCCCUCGUGGCCUCCUAUGACGGGUCAUGGCCCGAUGUAGAAUACAUCUGGACCCACCACGGCCAGAACGCCUCUUGUGUGUUGGCGGAGAACGACGUGUGCGCCCAGUUCACGUACUACUUCAAUGGCCAUCCGGAAAACUCAACCUACAUGUGCACCAGAGCUAUAGACUCAAAUGGCACUAUUGUCCGUAACGGCUGUUACCAGGAGGUCUCAGGCAGCUACAGCACCCAAGUAUGUUUCUGCCGAGGAGUAGCAGGAGGAGUGCCGUGUAAUAAUGCCCACUCUACGAAAAUAACAUUUGCAUUAGCAGCAUUCAGUUUAUGGAUUUUACAAAUAAUGUAUGGAAUAUGUAUAUCCUCUAAAAUGUAUUCAGUUCUAACUAGAGUUAAUGCAAUACUAACCUACACUCUCAGUGUGUUAGCAUGUCUAACAUUUCUAUGUUUUCUUUCUACCCUAACUGUGGAUUACAGAACAGCGGCUCAGAUGAAUACCGUGAAAGUAGUAGUGAAAAAUGUUCCUGACUAUGGCGAUUCCAGGGAAAUGAGUGACCUGGGAUACCUAACUUUUGAUCUCAAAACUGAUCUAUCGCACCUCUUCAACUGGAAUGUUAAACAACUAUUUUUGUACCUGACUGCUGAAUAUAUUACCCCCACUAAUGAGCUCAACCAAAUUGUACUGUGGGACAAAAUAAUUCAAAGAGGAGAAAAUUCAAUUUUAGAUUUUAAAAACAUGAACAUCAAAUACUACUUCCGUGAUGAUGGUAAUGGUCUCAAGGGUCACAACAAUGUUACUUUAACUCUCUCAUGGAAUGUGAUACCAAACGCAGGCUUGCUCCCAAACAUACAAGCCAUCGGCCAACACUCCUUCAAAUUCCCUGCAGAAUAUACAAACUCAAGAGUAUGAUUUAUAGUGUAAAUUAUAAAAGACAUGUAAGUGAUGGUUUACAUGAGUGUUGUUUAAGUAAGGAAUAUAUUAUGAGUUUCAAUAA